GUUUCCAUCCAUGGAGCCUCUAUCAUUUUACCAGCCAAGCACAAAACUUAUCCGUUCCCCACGCAGGAUGCCGAUCAAACAAUCAUGCUUCAAACAUGGUACAAUGGAGACUACAAGCAAAUGAUUGAUGAAGCGGUUGCAACGGGUACCACUCCUGGGCAACCAGAUGCUUACACCAUCAACGGACACUUAGGCGACACGUACGGAUGCCCCAACGAUACAAUAUUUCGUACGCAAGUUAAUUAUGGGUGUACACACCUUCUUCGAAUCAUCAACGCUGCAAUGAAUGAACUAAAAUUAUUCUCCAUCGCAAAUCACACCCUCACACUCGUUGCCCAAGAUACUUCCUACGUUAAAAGGUUUACCAGCGACUAUAUGAUGAUCAACCCUGGGCAAACCAUGGAUGUUUUAGUUGUGGCCAACCAAAACGCCGGAGUUAUUACAUGGCUACUAGGCCUUUCUCCGAUGCCGCUUUUCGGCCCAUUGACUUCAUUGCCAUUGGAGUUUUUGAAUAUAAAAAUAGUGUGGGUGGAUUGAAUGCUUACUUGGUGCAAAUGUUGCU